CAGCUUUCAAAUUCUCGCCACCACACCCCUCCUUCUGAAGCUGGGACUCAUCGCGCCUGUUGUGUGGCUUUUUUUUUCUUCCGAAAAGGCUCGCGUCUUAUCGCUCAAGUUCAAGUCCGGAGGACUUGCCCAGUCUCCUCCCCUUAAGUCAUUCUCCAUCCUCUGGCAACCGCUGAAAGCCCGGAGUUCUGGGCUGCUGGUGACAGUGCCAGCACAGGCAGUCCGGGUCGGUCGGGUGCAGCAGCCCGGCGCAUUAGUCUCUCUCCCUCCCUUUCUUUCUUCCCUUGUCGUCUUCUCUACCUGCCCCUCCUUCUCUUGCCUCUUAAGUUUCCUGCACCGGGAACCCAACUGUGCCAAGCCUAGGUUCCCGCGGACCAAUCCAGAUCGCGACCCCGGCACUGGGACAACGACUCUGCCAAGGCUGGACAAGGCAACUGUACUCGUCCUCGCCCGAGCAUGGAGACGGAGCUCCGGGGAGGGCACGUCCCGGGCGCUGGAAACGCCAGGCCGUAGUAGCUCCUCCAUGGAGCCUGUUCAGAGCGGUCCUUGCUCGCUGCAUUUGCCUCCAGUCCAGUGCAGCUGCUGAGAGCGCUCCCUGAUCUGUAAAGUGGAUGUCAGGUGGAUCUAUGUUUUUGAAGGAACAAAGACUCAGCCAAGGCACCGCCAAGGAAGUUUGAGAGGAGGGAGGAUGCAGGCUGCGUGCUGGUACGUGCUUCUCCUACUGCAGCCCACUGUAUACUUGGUCACGUGUGCCAACUUAACACAUGGUGGAAAAGCGGAACUUCUGAAGUCGGGAAGCAGCAAAUCCACACUAAAGCACAUAUGGACAGAAAGUAGCAAAGACUUGUCCAUCAGUCGGCUCCUCUCACAGACUUUCCGUGGUAAAGAAAACGACACAGAUUUGGACCUGCGCUAUGACACCCCAGAACCUUAUUCGGAACAAGACCUCUGGGACUGGCUGAGGAACUCCACAGACCUUCAGGAGCCUCGGCCCAGGGCCAAAAGACGGCCCAUUGUUAAGACCGGCAAGUUUAAGAAAAUGUUUGGCUGGGGUGAUUUUCAUUCCAACAUCAAAACAGUGAAGCUAAACCUGUUGAUAACUGGGAAAAUUGUAGAUCAUGGCAAUGGAACGUUUAGUGUUUAUUUCAGGCACAAUUCCACUGGUCAAGGGAAUGUAUCUGUCAGCUUGGUGCCCCCAACAAAAAUCGUGGAAUUCGACUUGGCACAACAAACCGUGAUUGACGCCAAAGAUUCCAAGUCCUUCAACUGUCGCAUCGAAUAUGAAAAGGUUGACAAGGCUACCAAGAACACACUCUGCAACUAUGACCCUUCAAAAACCUGUUACCAGGAGCAGACCCAAAGUCACGUGUCCUGGCUCUGCUCUAAACCCUUCAAGGUGAUCUGCAUUUACAUUUCCUUUUAUAGUACAGACUAUAAACUAGUACAGAAAGUAUGCCCCGACUACAACUACCACAGUGACACACCUUAUUUUCCCUCAGGAUGAACAGGGCACGAGACUGAAGCCUGAGGAAUUAGAGGUCACAGGAGAGGGCUGUUACCUCAAGGAAGAAGGUCCCAUCUGUUGCCCGGAAUGUGUCUACACUGCUGCUCUUGUUGACUGGCGCAAACAUGCUAGUGGAAAACAGUUGAUGUAACCUCUGCCCAGUCAGCUGCAUCUCAGCAUACUUGUAAAUCAUCGUAGAUCUCUCCAAGUCUCACCUGAAGACAUGCUAUCACAUGUAGAGGCACACGAGCACCACUCUUGCACAUUUCAGCUUGCAUCUCUCAUGGUUCCCUUUGAGAGGGCUUUCAUUGUCUGACUCAUGAUGGUUCAGGAUAAACUAUGAUCAAACACAGAGAAUUAACUAGACAGAGGAAGUGUCUAACACGCUGUUAUGGGAAUCUCUUUUAAGGUCUUGAGUCCAUGCUAAUCAAUAGUCCCCAUUCAUGCAUUCCUACUGCUUGGAGUAGCUGUGCUGGUGAAUACUACUGUAGGAGUUAUAUGCUUGUUAAAUGGAAAAAAAAAUGUGUCUUUAGAGCUCAGUAUUCUUUAUUUUAUGAACACAACAAAGUGUAGUAACUUUUCCCCAGCAUACAGUAGGCACAUUCAAGGUGAUACAGGAUGGCUUUUCUUUCUAUGGAGGGAGGAGCCCAUUCUCAGUAAAGAUGAGCCAACAUUUGGAAUUUACAUGUGGGCAGACACUGGGAUGACAGCUUUUCUCGCCGAUCACCGGACCAUUGCAAUGUUGAGAUCAACUAAGACUGCUUAAGACAAGUUCUGAUCAUUCUAUAAGAAGGGAAAUGCCUGGCAGACACCGUGUAAGUUGUAAGUGUCUGUCUUAUCUUUACUACACAUAUUGUAACAAAUACAACAUCCUAGUCUUCAUUUGUAUGAAUGGUUUGUAUUGUACAUAGUUUAACCAAGUGUUAUUUGAGCUGCUUAUUAAUAUUAAAUUGUACUUGUCUCUCUGCUUGUUAUUGGUUAAAAAGAACAAAAAAGGAUCUGAGGAAUCCAUUUAUUCAAUGUAGCUGUGAAUUCCAUUAAAAAAAAGACAGAUUUAAUGUACAAAGCAUUUAUUCAGCUCCAGUAUUGUUGAAAGCUAUACAUAUACAACAUUACACUGUCUGUAUUUAGAUAUUUUAUUUCUGGAAAAAAAGAAAUGUACAUAAAAAUAAAACACUUAAAGUUGAGUUUCAA